CUACACUUGUUGAAAAACAGGGUGCAAAUAUUUUGUAAAAGAUCUUCUAAAUAUUUCGUCUAAACGAAAGAAAAACUGCAAGUAACAUCGCGUACGUGUGAGUAAGCAUAGUUACUUCAUCAGGAUUUAUAAAUCUGACAGAUUUUAUCACUGAGAGUGUAUGAAUUGGAUAAAGUUCUGAGAAAAAAAUAUAUUUUGAUUUUCCACCACAGUCACUGAUCACUUCAGUGGCACUGACACCAUAAUCUGAACCUAAAUCUACUUUCAGUGCCAAUUUAGUGCCAAAAUGAAAUAUAUAUUUUCAGUUGGAUUAUACAUCAAUAUGGAUAAAUUCUAGUGAUAUACAAAAUCUAUAAUGGAGCCCUAAAGUUGUAAAACCAGAUCGCGACUUUGCCUGGAGACACUUCGAAAUGUCAGAAUCGACAACCAGUUUCUUACAUAUUGGGGAUAUAAUCUCCCUAUAUGCAGAAGGGACAGUUAAUGGGUUUAUCUCAACAUUAGGUCUUGUAGAUGACCGUUGUGUCGUGCAGCCAGAAGCGGGAGAUUUAACAAAUCCACCAAAGAAAUUCAGAGACUGUCUCUUCAAGAUAUGUCCUAUGAACCGAUAUUCUGCCCAGAAGCAAUUCUGGAAGGCUACAAAGCAGACCAGUCACACCACCAGUGCAACUGAUGCUGUCCUGCUCAAGAAGCUACAUCAUGCUGCUGAGCUGGAAAAGAAGCAGAAUGAAACUGAGAACAAGAAACUUCUUGGUGGGGUUGUGCAAUACGGUAGCGUGGUUCAGUUGCUUCACCUUAAAAGCAACAAGUACCUGACUGUGAACAAGCGACUACCUGCACUUUUAGAGAAAAAUGCUAUGAGAGUCACGUUAGACACUGCUGGCAAUGAGGGCUCUUGGUUCUACAUCCAACCCUUCUAUAAGCUACGAAUUGCUGGCGAUAAUGUGGUUGUUGGUGACAAGGUGGUCCUUAACCCUGUCAAUGCUGGCCAGCCCCUUCAUGCAAGCAACUAUGACCUGGUUGACAAUCCCGGAUGCAAAGAGGUAAACUCUGUAAACUGCAACACAAGCUGGAAGAUCAUAUUAUUUAUGGAGUUUCGAGAAAAUCAAGAGGACAUUUUGAAAGGAGGAGAUGUUGUCCGUCUUUUUCACGCAGAACAGGAAAAAUUUCUCACUGGUGAUGAGUACAAGAAAAAACAAUAUGUGUUCCUCCGGACUACUGGUAGGACGUCUGCAACUGCUGCAACUAGUUCCAAAGCAUUAUGGGAAAUUGAGGUGGUGCAACAUGACCCUUGUAGGGGUGGGGCAGGUCAUUGGAACAGCCUCUUUAGAUUUAAACAUCUUGCAACUGGCCAAUAUUUGGCUGCAGAGGUUGACUCAGAUGCAACGCCAGACUCCAUGCGUGCGAAACUACGUGGAAAUAUUAAUGCUCAAGUUUAUAGUUUAGUCUCAGUUCCACAUGGCCACGAUAUAGCUUCAAUAUUUGAACUUGAUCCAACCACUAUGAUACGUGGGGAUUCCUUUGUGCCAAGAUCAUCGUACGUGCGAUUACGUCACCUGUGUACAAACACGUGGUGCCACAGUACCUCAAUACCCAUAGACAGGGACAAAGACAAACCAAUAAUGGCCAAGGUUGGUUGUGCUCAGAUCAAGGAAGACAAAGAGGCUUUUGCAAUAGUCCCAGUUUCCCCGCAGGAAGUAAGAGAUCUAGACUUUGCUAAUGAUGCCAGCAAAGUUCUCGCAUCAGUGUCCACCAAAUUAGAAAAAAGUUCAAUAACACAAAAUGAGCGGAGGUUCGUUACCCAGCUAUGUUCAGAUCUGAUAUUCUUUGUUGCGGACAAGGAUAGUAACAGUAGUGAGUCUCUAGAUCUUGUCGUCACCAAACCUGACAGGGAACGCCAAAAACUUCUCAGAGAACAGAACAUCCUCAAGCAGGUGUUCAAGAUCCUACAGGCCCCAUUUCAAGACAAUGGAGAGGGUCCUAUGCUACAGAUGGAUGAACUACUGGAUCAACGUCAUGCUCCAUUCAGACAAAUCUGCCGACUCUGUUACAGAAUUCUCAAACUUUCUCAGCAAAGUUACAGGAAAAAUCAGGAGUACAUUGCCAAACAGUUCCCAUUCAUGCAAAAGCAGAUAGGUUAUGAUGUACUUGCUGAAGACACCAUAACUGCCUUACUGCACAACAAUAGAAAGCUGCUUGAGGAACACAUCACAGCCUCAGAGAUUGACACAUUCGUUAGUCUCGUCAGAAAAAAUAAAGAAAGCAGGUUCUUGGACUACCUUGCAGACCUGUGUGUAUCAAAUCAGGUUGCCAUACCAACAACACAGGAGCUCAUCUGCAAAUCUGUCCUUUCAGAGAAAAACUCAGAUAUUCUCAUUGAGACAAAACUGGUGAAGACUCAGGUUGAGGUUGAGAUGGAGUUAGAGAAGCCCGAGGGAGAUGACUCCCCUGUUGAACCUAUCAUCACAAUUGAGGAGGAAGAGGAGGUGGUCCUCUUCUGGGACCAUAAUAAAAAGUCAAAAGGUAUCCGAGAGUUAGCCAUGGGGACAACAGAGAAGAUAAAAGAAGACAAGGAAAUCCUCCUCUACUACAGGCAUCAACUUGAUUUGUUUUCCUACAUGUGCUUAGACAGACAGUACUUGGCUAUUAACAACCUGACAACACAGCUGGACAUUGACAUCAUCCUCAAGUGUAUGGCUGAUGAGAUGCUUCCUUAUGAGCUGCGUGCAUCUUUCUGUCGACUGAUGCUCCAUAUGCAUGUAGAUCGAGACCCCCAAGAACCUGUCACCCCUGUCAAGUACGCGAGACUAUGGUCCGAAAUACCAACCCACAUAUCAAUAGAAGAUUAUGAGUCUAACCGCACUAAGGAUCCCGUGAAGGAGUCUGUGAAGCACAAGUUCGCUGCUACAAUCAUGUUCGUUGAAGACUACCUGUGUAAUGUUGUCAGCCACUCCUGGUCAUUCGCUGACAAGGAGCAAAAUAAACUCACUUUUGAGGUUGUGAAACUGGCUCGACAUCUUAUCUAUUUUGGCUUCUACACUUUUCGUGAUUUGCUCCGUCUCACCAAGACCCUGCUCAGCAUUCUGGACUGCGUGCCCGAGAAAGAUGGUAAGGGCAACAUGUUGAGGACGCUGGGUGGUAUGGGAAAUGCAAUGUCAAAUAUGGUCAUGCGAGCCCAGGAAUCUGCCAAAAUCAACAACAAUAACAACAUCACCAAGGAGAUUAUCCCAGCUGAGAUUAUUCCAGUAAAAUCCGAUGGAAAAGUUGAGGAUACUUUAGUGAUGGAUACCAAAUUGAAAAUCAUAGAAAUUUUGCAGUUUAUCCUCAAUGUUAGACUUGACUACAGGAUCUCAUGUUUGCUUUCAAUUUUCAAACGUGAAUUUGAUGAAAAUAAUGUGCUGAAAACUGCAGACGGGCUGGACUUGGAGAGUAUUGGGGCCCAGGCUGAGGACAUAUUUGGUGGCAUAGGUGAUUCAGCAGAACUUGAUCUUGAUGGCCAAGGAGGACGGACAUUUCUGAGGGUGCUUCUUAACCUAGUUAUGCAUAACUACCCAUCUCUAGUGUCUGGCGCACUUCAGCUUUUGUUCAGACAUUUCAGCCAGAGACAGGAGGUUCUACAGGCCUUUAAACAGGUUCAAUUGCUGGUCUCAACCAGUGAUGUAGAGAACUACAAGCAGAUCAAGAAUGACCUAGAUGCACUGAGAGUACUGGUGGAGAAGUCAGAACUCUGGGUGUAUAAAAGAAAGUUUGAAGAAGGAGGAUCACAAAAGAAAAAGAAAAAAGACAAGGAAAAGAAGAAAGACGAUGAAGAGGGAGAGAACAAAGAGAAGAAGGGAAACAAAGAGAAAACCACAACUGUUCAGAAGCCUCCUGGGGGUGUAGGCUUAAACAAAGAGAAGGAGUCUGCUAUUGACCUUGAUCUUGGUCCUGCAAUAGACUCUAAGAAUUAUAAAGUUAUCAAAGAGAUUCUACAACGCCUGAACAGACUGUGUGUUUCAAGUAGCAAAAAGCCCAAGAAGCAUGAACAGAGGCUGCUGCGAAAUAUGGGGGCACAUGUCGUUGUACUAGAGCUAUUACAAAUACCCUAUGAAAAGAGUGAUGACAUCAGGAUGCAUGAAGUGAUGCGGCUUGCCCAUGAGUUCCUUCAGAGUUUCUGUCUUGGAAAUACUUCCAACCAAACCCUGCUACACAAGAACCUUGACUUGUUUUUAAGCCCAGGGUUACUAGAGGCUCAGACAGCCAGGGCAAUAUUCCAAGACAACGUGACUUUGUGUAAUGAGGUCACGGACAAGGUUGUGCAACAUUUUGUGCGAUGUAUCGAGACGCAUGGUCGCCAUGUCGAGUACCUGAAGUUCCUCCAAACAAUUGUCAAGUCAGACGGACAGUACAUUAGAAAGACACAGGACAUGGUCAUGGCAGAGCUUGUGAAUGUUGGAGAAGAUGUGCUCUUGUUUUACAACGAUCGUGCCUCAUUCCAAACUCUAACCGAGCUAAUGAUAUCAGAGCGUCAUCGCAUGGAUGAAGACAGUGCCUUAAUGUACCACAUCAACCUCGUUAAACUACUUGCAUGCUGUACGGAGGGGAAGAAUGUUUACACGGAGAUCAAAUGCCAUUCUCUUCUCCCAUUGGAUGAUAUUGUUAGAGUCGUCACGCACCAGGAUUGUCUUCCUGAGGUGAAGGAUGCCUACAUCAACUUCUUGAAUCACUGCUACGUUGAUACGGAAGUUGAGAUGAAGGAAAUCUACACAUCCAAUCACAUGUGGACUCUCUUUGAGAACUUCAUGGUUGACAUGGCAAUGGUUUGUAACACUACCACUGAUAGGAAACAUGCCGACAAAGUAUUGGAGAACUAUGUCACUCAGACAGUUAUGAACAUCAUAACGACAUUCUUCAAUUCGCCAUUCUCCGACCAGAGCACUACAGUACAGACACGUCAACCAGUGUUUGUGAGACUAUUACAAGGGGCCUUCAGAGUCUCGCACUGCCCAUGGCUUACGGGAAACCAGAAGUUCCAUGUAGAAAAUUGUAUUAAGACCUUGUCAGACAUUGCCAAAAACCGUGGUAUUGCUAUACCUGUAGACCUUGACAGCCAGGUCCACACAAUGUUCUCAAAAUCGCAGAUUGUCAUGAAGCAUACACGUCAUUGGUUGAGUGCCAGAAACAGACGAGACUCUACAAUGACCAUAUCCCGUGAUUAUAGGAGCAUAAUUGAAGGUUUACAGGACAUAGUUUCUUUGCUGGAAGACCAAUUACGCCCCUUAGUUCAAGCAGAACUUUCUGUUCUUGUUGAUGUGCUCCAUCGGCCGGAACUACUUUUCCCACCGGGAACAGAAGCAAGAAAGAAGUGUGAAAGUGGUGGAUUUAUUUCAAGAUUGAUAAAGCACACAGAGAGACUAUUAGAGGAAAAAGAGGAAAAGUUAUGUAUUAAAGUGCUCCAGACUCUCAAGGAAAUGAUGACUGUGGACAUUGACUACGGAGAAAAGAAGGUUGAUUUAAAGGGACUUUCGCCAAAGGAACUAGAUGACCAUAAAAGGGUAAGAUCUCUAGAGGCAUCGUGUUCGCCAUAA